AUGUUUGGAAUCAGUUUCAGUUUUCGGGCUCUGAAUCAAGCUGGGGCUCUUGUACAUAUAUAUCACGGAGACGGAUCUGUUUUGAUAUCCCAUGGAGGAGUUGAAAUGGGACAAGGAUUGCACACUAAAAUGUGUCAGGUAGCAGCAACAGAACUCCAGCUCCCACUAGAGAUGAUAUUUAUAUCUGAAACGGCGACAGACAAGGUACCCAACGCUUCACCCGCAGCUGCGUCAUAUUCUAGUGACCUCUACGGGAUGGCCGUGAGAAAUGCGUGCCAAGAAUUGAAUAGAAAUCUCGCUCCAUGCAAAGCCGCACUCGGAGAUACAGCAUCUUGGCUCAACGUCGUCAGCCAUGCCUGGUUGAACCGCAUCAGCCUGUUUGCGACCGGUUUUUACAAGACCCCAGAGAUUGAUGAUCUCGAUCUGGCCAAGCCUGGGUCGACUGGUAGCCCAUUCUUUUAUUAUACAAAUGGAGCGGCAGUAUCUGAAGUCGAAAUAGACGUACUUACAGGGGAAAGCAAGAAUCUGCGAACGGACAUAGUGAUGGAUGUUGGACGUCCUUUGAAUCCGGCGCUAGAUGUUGGACAGAUAGAGGGGGCAUUUAAAGAUACGAAUCACUCAAGCAAAGGUAUUGGUGAGCCUCCACUUUUCCUUGCUGCGUCGGUGUUUUUCGCUAUUCGGGAUGCCAUACGCUCGUCCAGACUGCAAUAUGGUCGAGAUGAAUGGUUUCAGCAAGACUCUCCUGCCUCUGUAGAGCGGAUAGGACUUGCAUUUUGUGACGAUCUACUAAGACGUGUCGUUCCAGAUGAAGAGGGUGUAAGACCGAAACUCACCCUUUGA